AAUCACAUCAGCUUGCAGGGCUUUUAUAGAGAAAGAAGACAGAGCCAGAAAAGCAGUAUCACCAAAUCACUACCAUUACCAUGGCGAAACAGAAGGAACCAAACCAUACACAGUAAUCACAUCAAAACACUGAGUCACGAAAGUGUUCCUUUGUUGUCUUCACUCUCCAUUCCAUCUUCCAAAACACACACACUUUAUGUUUUGCAAAAUGCUUCCCCUUCUCUUCUUCUUCAUCUUCUUUUUCCUACCACCAACCAUUUUAUGUCUCAACCAAGAAGGUCUCUACCUACACCAGUUCAAACUCUCCGUAGACGACCCUGACUCCUCCUUAUCCACAUGGAACAACCGCGACCCAACUCCUUGUAACUGGGCCGGCAUCACUUGCGAACCAACUAACACCACCGUAACCCAAAUCAACCUCUCCAACUUCAACAUCGCAGGCCCAUUACCAACCUCGAUCCUCUGCCGUCUUACUAAUCUCACCUCCCUUAUCCUCACCAACAACUCCAUCAAUCAAACACUCCCCCUCGAAAUUUCUCUCUGCACCUCCCUCACUCAUCUUGACCUCUCCCAAAAUCUUCUUACUGGUACACUCCCCCACACCCUAUCACUCCUCUCUAACCUCCGUUAUCUCGACUUAACGGCUAACAACUUCUCCGGUUCAAUCCCUAACUCCUUCGGAGCAUUCCAGAAUCUCGAAGUUAUUUCCCUCGUUUACAAUCUUCUAGAAUCUUCCAUUCCUUCUUCUAUUGGUAACAUAACCACUCUCAAAACACUUAACCUUUCUUAUAAUCCAUUUCAACCUUCUCAGAUCCCGCCGGAAAUCGGAAAUUUAACUAACCUCGAGAUUCUAUGGCUUAGUUCAUGUAAUCUCGUUGGUGUAAUCCCUUACUCGUUUGGAAAACUUAACAAACUCACUGUACUUGACCUUGCCAUGAAUAAUCUUCACGGUUCCAUUCCGAGUUCGCUCACUCAAAUGAAGAGUUUGAAGCAGAUUGAACUUUAUAACAACUCGUUUUCCGGUGAGUUACCUUCGGGAAUGUCAAACCUUACUUCGUUGAGGCUUAUUGAUGUUGCAAUGAAUCGUAUCGGUGGUUCUAUUCCCGAUGAGUUGUGUCGAUUACCGCUUGAAAGUCUUAAUUUGUAUGAAAAUCGGUUUACCGGUGAGUUGCCGGCGAGUAUAGCUGACUCGCCUAACCUUUAUGAAUUUAAGAUUUUUACGAACUUGCUCUCCGGUGAGUUGCCAGAGAAUCUCGGGAAGAAUGGUCCGUUGAUAUGGUUUGAUGUUUCUAAUAAUAGUUUCUCCGGUAGGAUACCGGCAAGUCUGUGUGAGCGUGGCGCGUUGGAGGAGUUACUGAUGAUACAUAAUUCGUUCUCCGGAGAGAUUCCGGCGAGUUUGGGCGCGUGUAGGACGUUGGCGCGUGUUAGAUUUGGUUUCAACAAUUUAUCCGGCGAAGUUCCGGCGGGUUUGUGGGGCCUGCCGCACGUGUAUCUUCUUGAACUUGUUGAUAACUCGUUUUCUGGUUCAAUUGCUAAGACCAUUGGUGGAGCGGGGAAUCUUUCUUUGUUGACUAUAUCGAAUAAUAAUUUCUCUGGUGCGAUCCCCGAAGAGAUUGGAACUUUGGAAAAUCUUCAGGAAUUUUCUGGUGGUAAUAACUUGUUCAAUUAUUCGUUGCCUGAGAGUAUUGUGAAUCUCCGGCAGCUUGGGAUUCUUGAUCUUCACAAUAAUAAGCUUUCUGGGGAGCUUCCAAAAGGGAUUCAAUCUCUUAAGAAACUCAACGAGUUGAAUUUGGCUAAUAAUGAGAUUGGUGGGAAAAUUCCUGAUGAAAUUGGGAGUAUAUCUGUGCUUAAUUUUCUCGAUCUUUCCAAUAAUCGAUUUUCCGGAAAUGUCCCUCUUGGGUUGCAGAAUUUGAAGCUCAAUGAGCUGAAUUUGUCUUACAAUAAGCUAUCUGGAGAAAUUCCCCCUCUUCUGAAUAAGGAUAUGUAUAGGGAUAGUUUUAUUGGUAAUCCUAGUUUGUGUGGCGAUUUGAAAGGUUUGUGUGAUGUUAAAGGUGAUGGUAAGAGUGCAGAUUUUGUUUGGUUGCUUAGAACUAUUUUCAUAGUUGCUACUUUGGUUUUUAUCUUUGGUGUGGUUUGGUUCUACUUCAAGUACAUGAAUAUCAAGAAUGCUAGAUCUAUUGAUAAAACAAAAUGGACAUUGAUGUCAUUUCAUAAACUGGGUUUCGGUGAAGACGAGGUUUUGAACUGCCUUGAUGAAGAUAAUGUCGUAGGAAGCGGAUCUUCCGGGAAAGUCUACAAGGUUGUGCUUACCAAUGGCGAAGCCGUCGCCGUGAAGAAGAUAUGGGGAGGGCUUAGAAUGGAAACGGAGAGUGGAGAUAUCGAAAAGAGUGGGUUUCAAGACAAUGCUUUUGAUACAGAGGUUGAAACUUUGGGCAAGAUUAGGCACAAGAACAUUGUGAAACUAUGGUGUUGUUGUACCACUAGGGAUUGCAAGCUAUUGGUUUAUGAGUAUAUGCCAAAUGGUAGUCUUGGUGAUUUGCUGCAUAGCAAUAAAGGAGGGUUGUUGGAUUGGCCAACAAGGUAUAAGAUAGCUCUUGAUGCUGCAGAAGGGCUCUCUUAUCUGCAUCAUGACUGUGUCCCUCCUAUUGUUCAUAGAGAUGUGAAAUCUAAUAACAUCUUGUUGGACGAGGACUUCAGCGCAAGGGUCGCAGAUUUUGGGUUAGCUAAGACGGUCGAAUCCAAUGGGAAAGGAACAAAAUCCAUGUCUGUCAUAGCUGGCUCUUGUGGGUAUAUUGCACCAGAAUAUGCAUACACACUCAGAGUGAAUGAGAAGAGUGACACAUAUAGUUUUGGUGUUGUUAUCCUUGAGCUAGUUACUGGAAGGAGGCCUGUAGAUCCUGAAUUUGGGGAAAAAGACUUGGUUAUGUGGGCAUGCAACACCUUGGAUCAGAAAGGUGUUGACCAUGUACUCGACUCGCGGCUUGAUUCUUGUUUCAAAGAAGAAAUUUACAAGGUCCUUAACAUUGGCCUAAUGUGCACUAGUCCUCUUCCAAUCAACCGGCCUGCAAUGAGAAGAGUUGUGAAGAUGUUACAAGAAGUUGGCGCAGAGAGCCAAACAAAGUCUUCCCAAAAAGAUGGAAAGUUGUCCCCUUAUUACUAUGACGAUGCGUCAGAUCAUGGAAGUGUUGCUUAAUUUUGUUAAAAGGGGUGGGGUUAUAUGAUUCAAAAGAGGAGUUUAGGAAGAUCUAACUAAGCUUUUUCUUUUUAGUUACUUAUUACAGUGUCAAUUCCCCCUUCAUGUUUUCCACUCAUGGAUUGCUUGAAAAAAGUUGGUUAAACAAAAGGGGUGAGAAUUUAUUUUAGUGGGGUUGAAAAUAGAAUCAUAAUGAGUUGAUGUUUUUACCCUGUCAAGUUGGUAAAUCAAAGCCCUUCCCUACUUAAAUUUAAAUGAGUUUGCAUUAAUACCUCUUAUAUUCAGAAGUGUGAUAUUCUGACUGUUAAAAAUAUGUGACCCAUCUCUGGGAAUCUGUAGUAUUAAUUUCAGAUAAUUUCAAUCGCAUAAUAGAAAACGGUCCCCACAUUAGGAAUCUACAGCUAAAUCAUGCUCAAAUGGUGAUAAACUUUUGAAUGUUUCUUUCCUGUUUAAAUUCUUUGACUGCUAUCUGCGUGAAAAUUUACACCUCACAGUGCUAUCAGAAAUGUGCUGGGUACAGCUAUGAGAAUUGAGUUAAUGAGGUAGUUAGGUAGGCAUUGUCAUUCGUGGACCAUAGUUUAAAUGCAGGUUCCAUCCAUGUGUGUUGCUUACUAGUAGUCUACUAGUACUACUCUUUUGUGUGAUUAAUGUUGCUGGGGUAUAUGGAUAUCACAUUGUCAAAGGAUCAGGGUGUCACAGUCUUAUUUUUUGGCUGAACUCAGCAGAGCAAUUUCGCCCAAUUAUUUGGUCAAUUCUUUUUUCUGGCCGGUGAUUAUUUCUAUGACAACCAUUCCAUUAUUAUGUAAAGUAAGGUAUGUGAACUUAUUGUAAGAUUGAUUGAAGAUUGUACUUUUGAACUAUACAA